AUGGAGGAGUGGGUGACAGCGGCGAUGUCGGACGAGACUGUAGUAGCGGAACUACUACUCCGUCUCAAACAAUCACAGGCGGCGCCGUUAGCUUCCCUGGUGCAAGCGGUUAUUCCGUUACGAUGGGGUCUGCGGCUUCCGAGGUCGAGACCAGGAACGAUGACAGCAACGAAUUCUUCUUCAUUGAGAUGCGAUGUGUCUUUGAAAAGUAAAGAAGGAGGACGUGGCGGUGGCGGUGGAGAUUCUUCUACUAGAUGCAGUCCUACCACUCCUCUUUCAUGGAGUGGUGGCGGUGAUGGCGGUGCUUCUCCGUCUGGUACUGGUGACGGCUUUGAAGAAACUAGCCGCCGCCACGUCAGCAGCUCUCCUCCGCCACCUGGCGUUAGAUCCAAGGGUGUUGGUAUUGGUGACGCCACUAGUUCUAUAGUGAAGAGGUCAAGAAAAAGGAAGACUUAUUCUGAACUUAAAGAGGAGGAAACUCAGCUAGUGAAGGAAAAGGUUUAUCUGAAGAAGGAGAUAGAAACUGUACGUGCAACAGUCAAGGAGGAGAGAGUCAGAAAUGAGAAUUUGAAGAGAAUUAAGAUUGAUUUGAAUUUGCAUUAUGAAAAUGAACCUGAGGGAGCAGUUUCCAGCCAAUUCCACCAGGGAGAAGCCUCCACUUGUAAUGACGUUCCAUCAACAUUGCCUACACAUGAUGCCAAAGGCGAUUCCCAUCCGGAAUCAAGCUCUUCUGAAACAGACAAGGGGAUUUCAAACCAUGAUAGAUCUUUCACGCUACCUGAUCUAAAUAUGAUGCCUUCCGAGGGAGAAUGUGAUACUGAAACUUUAUAUGGACUGAGUUGA